AUGCUUCGUCGAAGAAAGGAGCCCCGCCCGUCUAGUACGGACCAAGGAAGAACGGACUGUAAUGAGGAUAUACCCGCUGAUGAUGCACACUCAUAUAUAACCCCAUCGAAACAUACGCCCAAACCACUAUGGCUUCUCAACAAAACAGUAGGCCCUGGUGGCCCCUUGCGGCCCUUUCGUCUUAUAAAACAGGACCUAGGGAACCUACGCCAAAGAUACCUCUCAGAUUGGAAGAUAUUCAAUCAACUAAUAGUAGCCAGCACAGUCUACGUUUUCUUUACCAAUUUGCUGCCGGGUAUCACCUUCGCUAGUGAUUUAUACGUUCUUACGGGCAAAAACUGGGGAGCUAUAGAGGUGGUCUUUAGUACAGGACUGUGCAGUAUCAUAUUCUCUCUGUUCUCCAUUCAACCUCUCACUAUUCUGGGGGUUACUGGCCCCUUUUCCGUUCUAGCAGAAAAUAUAUACUCUCUUUGCCAUGAAGCUUUCAAUAUUCCAUUUCUACCUUUCAUGGCCUGGUCGCUUAUCCACGCAGGAUGGCUACAUUAUCUCCUGGCUAUAUUCAAUGCUCAUGACUGGACUAUGGGAUAUGUUACUACAUUCUCAACCGAAAUAUUCUCUCUCCUGAACAGUAUAAUAUACUUUCAUAAAGCCAUCCAAGAGCUUGAGCGAGCCCAUUCAAACCUUUCCUUCGCUGCUUUCCUGUAUGCCAUCAUGGGUGCAGUGGGAACAAUGCUACUGGCCAUAUUUCUAUCUACAGCGGAGUCAUGGAAACCCUUAUUCCACCGAUAUAUCCGCCUGGGCCUUUCGGAAUAUGCCGCAGCAAUAUCCAUUAUCUUGUUUAUCGGGCUACCCCAUAUUGGAGAGCUCGCCCACUUGGACAAGUCAACACUUCCCGUAAGCACCACUUUUCAACCAACAUCUCCAGAACGCCAUGUAUUCUUCGUCGAGUUUUGGAAACUUCCUGUCCGUUGGAUAUUUGCAGCCAUUAUUCCAGGCAUAAUCAUUACAAUGCUUUUCUUUUUUGACCAUGAGAUAAGCUCCAUCAUCUGUACUAUCGAUCGUUAUAAGACCCGGAAGCCUGGCGGAUUUGCCUGGGAUAUCAUUCUCCUUGGUACCACCACUGCAUUAUGUGGCAUAUUGGGAAUCCCGCCUGCAAACGGGCUUUUACCUCAAGCACCUCUACAUUCAGAGUCCUUGAUGCAUGCGGACACAGAAGAAGUUAUAGUUGAAGUGGAUGGCCAGGAAACAGUAGAGUUCCGGCCCAUAAGGAGGGUGUAUGAACAGCGGUGGUCCUCAUUGCUCCAUGGCUGCGGUAUCCUUGCAUUUGUUAGCCCUCCCUUCAUGAAGGUUCUUGGGUUAACUCCGACCAGCGUGCUGGCUGGACUAUUCCUGUUCAUGGGGGAACAAAGCUUAUCAGUCAACCCCAUCUUGUAUCGAACAUUCUACCUCUUAACACCGCCCUCGGAAUUACCCAUUCUUCCUACGGAAUUGAGCUCUCCAUCCACCAUUAGCGCCACUGAAACACCUCCAAGGCCAUCAUACAUGCCAAUUCACCUCUACACUUUGCUACAGCUGUUGAUCACAAUCGCCAUCUUCAUCUUAACUCUCACGCGUGGUGCCCCAGCCUUUCCCGUGUUGAUCAUCCUACUCGUCCCAUUUAGACUACUGGUGAUGAAGCACUGGUUUAGGAGAGAGGUGCUGAAAUUCGUUGAUGCCUGGGCCUGCAAAGCCGGUACCCCCGAAGACAGUGGAGACAAGGACGAGAAUCUUCAGGAAAAGAAGGAAGAUCAAGACGGUGGCAACCAUGCAGGUGUCCUACAGCCUCGAAGGGACUCAUCCGACAGGGUGUAA